AUGGCUGUGGCGGUGGCUGUGGUGGACCACCUGCACAGAGGUGGUGUUUUCAGUCUGCUCCUUUCCUACGUCAGGAGUCCUUUGACAUUCAAGGAUGUGGCCAUAGAAUUCUCGCAGGAGGAGUGGAAAUGCCUGGACACUGCUCAGAGGGCUUUGUACAGGGACGUGAUGUUGGAGAACUACAGGAACCUGCUCUCUCUGGGAAACUCUCUUCCUGACCUGAGUGUUAUCUUCACGUUGGAGCAAGGGAAGGAGCCUUGUACUCUGCAAAGUCAAGUGAAUAUAGCAAGAAAACCAAAUGGGCAGGAAUGGAUCAAAGGUGUGAACACAGGAGAGAAACCUUACAAAUGUAAUGAUUGUGGCAAGGUGUUUAGUCAACAUUCAAACCUAACACGUCAUCAGAGGAAUCAUACUGGAGAGAAACCUUACAAAUGUAAUGAAUGUGGCAAGACGUUCAGUCAACAUUCACAUCUUUCAUGUCAUCGGAGAAUUCAUACUGGAGAGAAACCUUACAAGUGUCAUGAUUGUGGCAAGGUCUUCAAUAAAAAAGCAGUUCUUGUAUGUCAUCUGAGAAUUCACACUGGAGAGAAACCUUCCAAAUGUAAUGAAUGUGGCAAGUUCUUCAAACAUAAUUCACACCUUGCACGACAUCAGAGAAUUCAUUCUGGAGAGAAACCUUACAAAUGUAAUGAAUGUGGCAAGUUCUUCAAACACAAUUCACACCUUGCACAGCAUCAGAGAAUUCAUUCUGGAGAGAAGCCUUACAAAUGUAAUGAGUGUGGCAGAGCUUUUAGUUUGCGAUCAACACUUAUUAAGCAUCAAGUAAUCCAUACUGGAGAGAAACCUUACAAAUGUAAUGAAUGUGGCAAGGUUUUCAGUCAAAAUUCAAGCCUUGCAUGUCAUCGGACAAUUCACACUGGAGAGAAACCUUACAAAUGUAACGAAUGUGGCAAGAUGUUCAGUCAACAUUCACAUCUUGCAUCUCAUCAGAGAACUCAUACUGGGGAGAAACCUUACAAAUGUAAUGAAUGUGGCAAGGAAUUCGGUGCUCAGUGA